GUUGGUAAAAAUUUCAAAACAAAAUCGGAAAAAUCUCGGAGGUGGUUUUGUUAUCAGUUCAGUAAUUCGUUGUUUUCUUGAAUAUUUGAUUGAAUUUCAUACAAAAUGGCCCAUCUGAUAAAACAGAAGCAAGACCAGCAUUUGAAGUUUGUGCUGGAGCAACCGGAAGAAGUACUCAUCGAGUUUUGCAAACUGGCCAUCGAGUACAUCAGCAAUGGAGUCAACGAGAAAAAAUGUUCGAUUGCCGCAAAAAAGCUAGAAACCACAUUCGAGACGGUGAAAGCUUGUGUCGAAGCUCUUGUUUGUCUGCUGAUGGAUUGCACCAAGUUGCACAUAACCGAGGAAGAUUUCCAAUCGUUGAAAAGUCUAAACUUUACCGAAGGUCAGAUAGCGAUUCUGUGGCAAUUUGUUAGUAGCAAACGAAGCCUGGUGGAAAACAUUUUGAAGCAUUCCAACGACGGUGGCGAGCUUCAUUUUCGGGAUCUGGAGUGGCGAUUGGAAGCGAAAGUUGCGUCUCGAUCAUUGCACAAUCAGGCGACACCUGUGAUAGCCAUGAAGCUACAUUUAGACAGCGAAGUCGUUAAUGAACAUAAAGAAAAGUUGGUUGGCCAAGAACGACCUCUGGAGGGGAAAAAUGACGAAAAUCAGGCCUCGGUUUCGUCUACCAGGAAAGAAGUGCUACUGCAAACGGAUCCGACUAGUUUGGUGCACUUGAUACAAGUGCUGGAACAGGCUCUGAUCGAUUCCAAAACCCAUAGGACUUGUAUUUUAAAUUCUAGACGUAUCAUUACUAUUUCGCUUGCACAAUGUCCAUCGCUGGCAAAUACGUUCGUGCCCCAGUAUACGAUAGUGAAGAGGAUAGCAUGAAUGAACUGG